CUGUGACUCGUGACUAACCUUCCUGCAGUUUCCAAAUCACUCGGAGUGGAAUUAUGGCCCCCUUCGAUCUCGACGCGUGUAUACAGCAACUACUACCCGCAAACAGCUUUUACAUGAGGCCCUUUUACGCGAAAUAUGUGCAAAAACGAAAGAGGUUCUCAUGAGGGAAUCCAAUGUGGUGCAUGUCAGUGCCCCAGUAACUGUCGUUGGAGAUAUACACGGUCAGUUCUACGACCUCAUCGAAAUCUUCCGCAUAGGUGGCUACGCUCCUCAUACCAAUUAUCUUUUCCUUGGAGAUUACGUAGAUCGCGGCCUGUUCAGCGUCGAGACCAUAUCACUCCUUACGUGUCUUAAGCUGCGUUACCCCGACAGAGUCCAGUUAAUUCGCGGCAACCAUGAAUCAAGGGCUGUAACACAAACUUAUGGGUUUUAUACGGAGUGUGUGCGGAAAUACGGUUCGUCACAUGUAUGGACGUACUUCACGGACAUGUUCGACUUCUUGACCCUGUCUGUGGUAAUCGAUGAUCGGAUAUUCUGUGUUCAUGGAGGUCUUUCGCCAUCUAUCCAUUCUGUAGAUCAAAUCAAAGUUGUAGAUCGAUUUCGAGAAAUCCCACACGAGGGUCCUAUGGCUGAUUUGGUAUGGUCGGAUCCGGAUGCAGAGAAAGAAGACUUUGCAAUAUCCCCAAGAGGUGCUGGCUACACGUUUGGAUCAGGCGUCGUGCACAAGUUCUUGGAAACGAACAACAUGUCGCAUAUUUUACGCGCACAUCAACUCUGCAUGGAAGGAUAUUCGUCACUGUUUGACAAACACCUUUCGACUGUCUGGUCGGCGCCUAACUAUUGUUAUCGUUGCGGCAAUUCUGCGAGUAUACUCGAGGUGGGUCCUGGCGAGAGCAUGUAUUUCAAUGUGUUCGAAGCUGCCCCGGAGAACGAUCGCGAUGGUCCAAGUCAACAGGCUCCCCAAAAUGUUGGUGGGAAGCUUCCCGAGUACUUCCUCUAGUAUCUCAGCAAGCUACGUCAGAGCUCUUGAUCAUUCCUGAUAGAAACCGAGUGCUGCCGGCGGCGGUUUUGGCGCCCAAGCUGUAGCAAGUAAAUGUAAACCUGUAUUGCGCGGACGACACUGAUACUCGUACGAUGAUACUUUACUAUACCCUGGAUAAUGUGUCCAGCAUCACGCUAUUAAUCUUGCGGAUGGCCUCUUCUGAGUGCUAGAACCACCAUGUUGGCCGGAGAAGCGAGGGGUCACUCCGCCGAUUGAGAACCAUGAAUGAUUAAUUAAUUGCAAG